AGAAAGAGGACACAAGCUCGCACACACACCCUGAGAGCAGAAACCUCUUCCCUAGCUUCCUGGGUUUCUCCUCCCACCAGAGCCCGUGUGUGAGAGGAAAUCUCGGGGCUUCACUCUAUCGAAAGUGCUCGUCAGGGUGAUUCUUGAUCACCACUAUCCAGAAGUGCUGGCGUCCGAAUGCAUUUCCUUUUGCUUUGCAAAGAAGAGUCGUGAACUUCAAAACCCCCGAGACGGAUCAUUAAUCCUGCUUUGCAGGAAAGGAAAACCCUCAACCCCCCGCCACCGGCCACCCUCUUCGGAGACUGCAAUCGCCAAGGCACUCAUAGCUGGAAGGGGACGCUUUGGGAAUGACCCUGCUCCACGGAGGAACGGAGCCGGCCCCCAGCUUCUCCACACAGAUCCUCCUCCACUAAAGCUCCAAAAAUCAAAAACCAUAAUUGCCAGAAGAAUCCUUAAAAAUAUAUUCCAGCCACUAACCUCACAUGCAAACGGAAUAAUUACUCUGGAUUCUGCAUUGUGAGCUGCUCUCCGUACCCUGAAAUACCUUUGAAUUAAAUCUUUUUCUUUGAAUUUGCAUCUCUUCAAGACACAAGAUUAAAACAAAAUUUACGCUAAAUUGGAUUUUAAAUUAUCUUCUGUUCAUUAUCCUUCGUCUUUCUUAUGUGGAUAUGCAAGCAAGAAGAGGAGACUGGACAUUCCCAACAUGCUCACUCCCUUAAUCUGUCCGUCUAGAGGUUUGGCUUCUACAAACCAAGGGAGUCGACAAGUUGAAGAUGAAGCCCAGAGCAGAGUGCUGUUCUCCCAAGUUCUGGUUGGUGUUGGCUGUCCUGGCUGUGUCAGGCAGCAGAGCUCGUUCUCAGAAGAGCCCCCCCAGCAUUGGCAUUGCUGUCAUCCUCGUGGGCACUUCAGACGAGGUGGCCAUCAAAGAUGCCCACGAGAAAGAUGACUUCCACCAUCUCUCAGUGGUGCCCCGUGUGGAGCUGGUAGCCAUGAAUGAGACCGACCCCAAGAGCAUCAUCACCCGCAUCUGUGAUCUCAUGUCUGACCGGAAGAUCCAGGGGGUGGUGUUUGCUGACGACACAGACCAGGAAGCCAUUGCCCAGAUCCUCGACUUCAUUUCUGCUCAGACUCUCACCCCCAUCCUGGGCAUCCACGGGGGCUCCUCUAUGAUAAUGGCGGAUAAGGAUGAAUCCUCCAUGUUCUUCCAGUUUGGCCCAUCCAUUGAACAGCAAGCUUCGGUAAUGCUCAAUAUCAUGGAAGAAUACGACUGGUACAUCUUUUCUAUUGUCACCACCUACUUCCCUGGCUAUCAGGACUUUGUAAACAAGAUCCGCAGCACCAUCGAGAACAGCUUCGUGGGCUGGGAGCUAGAGGAAGUCCUCUUACUGGACAUGUCCCUGGAUGAUGGAGAUUCUAAGAUCCAGAAUCAGCUCAAGAAACUUCAAAGCCCCAUCAUUCUUCUUUACUGUACCAAGGAGGAAGCCACCUACAUCUUUGAAGUGGCCAACUCAGUAGGGCUGACUGGCUAUGGCUACACGUGGAUUGUGCCUAGUCUGGUGGCAGGGGAUACAGACACAGUGCCCUCGGAGUUUCCCACUGGGCUCAUCUCUGUAUCAUAUGAUGAGUGGGACUAUGGUCUCCCUGCCAGAGUGAGAGAUGGAAUUGCUAUAAUCACCACUGCUGCUUCUGACAUGCUGUCUGAACACAGCUUCAUCCCUGAGCCCAAGAGCAGUUGCUACAACACCCACGAGAAGAGAAUCUAUCAGUCGAAUAUGCUCAAUAGGUAUCUGAUCAAUGUCACUUUUGAAGGGAGAAAUCUGUCCUUCAGUGAAGAUGGCUACCAGAUGCACCCGAAACUGGUGAUAAUCCUUCUGAACAAGGAGAGGAAGUGGGAGAGGGUGGGGAAGUGGAAAGACAAGUCCCUGCAGAUGAAAUACUAUGUGUGGCCCCGAAUGUGUCCCGAGACCGAAGAGCAAGAGGAUGACCACCUAAGCAUUGUGACCCUGGAGGAGGCUCCAUUUGUCAUUGUGGAAAGCGUGGACCCUCUAAGUGGAACCUGCAUGAGGAACACAGUCCCCUGCCAAAAACGCAUAGUCUCUGAGAAUAAAACAGAUGAGGAGCCAGGAUACAUCAAAAAAUGCUGCAAGGGGUUCUGUAUCGACAUCCUUAAGAAAAUUUCUAAAUCUGUGAAGUUCACCUAUGACCUUUACCUGGUUACCAAUGGCAAGCAUGGGAAGAAAAUCAACGGCACCUGGAAUGGUAUGAUUGGAGAGGUGGUCAUGAAGAGGGCCUACAUGGCAGUGGGAUCGCUCACCAUCAACGAGGAGCGAUCAGAGGUGGUUGACUUCUCUGUACCCUUCAUAGAGACUGGCAUCAGUGUCAUGGUGUCACGCAGCAAUGGGACUGUCUCACCUUCUGCCUUCUUAGAGCCAUUCAGUGCUGACGUAUGGGUUAUGAUGUUUGUGAUGCUGCUCAUCGUCUCAGCCGUGGCCGUUUUUGUCUUUGAAUACUUCAGCCCUGUGGGUUAUAACAGGUGCCUCGCUGAUGGCAGAGAGCCAGGCGGCCCAUCUUUCACCAUCGGCAAAGCUAUUUGGUUACUCUGGGGUCUAGUGUUCAACAACUCUGUACCUGUGCAAAACCCAAAGGGAACCACCUCCAAGAUCAUGGUGUCAGUGUGGGCCUUCUUUGCUGUAAUUUUCCUGGCCAGCUACACUGCCAACUUAGCUGCCUUCAUGAUCCAAGAGGAAUAUGUGGACCAGGUUUCUGGCCUGAGUGACAAAAAGUUCCAGAGACCUAAUGACUUCUCACCCCCUUUCCGCUUUGGGACUGUGCCCAAUGGCAGCACAGAGAGGAAUAUUCGUAACAAUUAUGCAGAAAUGCAUGCCUACAUGGGAAAGUUCAACCAGAGAGGUGUGGAUGAUGCUUUGCUCUCCCUGAAAACAGGGAAGCUGGAUGCCUUCAUCUAUGAUGCAGCAGUGUUGAACUACAUGGCAGGCAGAGACGAAGGCUGCAAGCUGGUCACCAUUGGCAGCGGCAAGGUCUUUGCCUCCACUGGUUAUGGCAUUGCCAUCCAGAAAGACUCUGGGUGGAAGCGCCAGGUGGACCUUGCUAUCCUGCAGCUGUUUGGAGAUGGGGAGAUGGAAGAACUGGAAGCUCUCUGGCUCACUGGCAUUUGCCACAAUGAGAAGAAUGAGGUCAUGAGCAGCCAGCUGGACAUUGACAACAUGGCGGGCGUCUUCUACAUGUUGGGGGCAGCCAUGGCACUCAGCCUUAUCACCUUCAUCUGUGAACACCUUUUCUAUUGGCAGUUCCGGCAUUGCUUUAUGGGUGUCUGUUCUGGCAAGCCUGGCAUGGUCUUCUCCAUCAGCAGAGGUAUCUACAGCUGCAUUCAUGGAGUGGCAAUUGAAGAACGCCAAUCUGUGAUGAACUCCCCCACUGCGACCAUGAACAACACACACUCCAACAUCCUGCGCUUGCUCCGCACGGCCAAGAACAUGGCCAACCUCUCUGGCGUGAAUGGCUCACCACAGAGCGCCUUGGACUUCAUCCGCCGCGAGUCAUCUGUCUAUGACAUCUCAGAGCACCGCCGCAGCUUCACCCAUUCUGACUGCAAGUCCUAUAACAACCCGCCCUGCGAGGAGAACCUCUUCAGCGACUACAUCAGCGAAGUGGAGAGAACGUUUGGCAAUCUGCAGCUGAAGGACAGCAACGUGUACCAAGACCACUAUCACCACCACCACAGGCCGCACAGUAUCGGCAGCACCAGCUCCAUCGACGGGCUCUACGACUGUGACAACCCACCCUUCACCACCCAGCCAAGGUCCAUCAGCAAGAAGCCCCUGGACAUUGGCCUGCCCUCCUCCAAACACAGCCAGCUAAGUGACCUGUACGGCAAGUUCUCCUUCAAGAGCGACCGCUACAGUGGCCACGAUGACUUGAUCCGCUCAGAUGUCUCUGACAUCUCCACCCACACAGUCACCUACGGAAACAUUGAAGGCAACGCGGCCAAGAGGCGUAAGCAGCAGUACAAGGACAGCCUGAAGAAGCGGCCAGCCUCGGCCAAGUCCCGUCGGGAGUUUGACGAGAUCGAGCUGGCCUACCGUCGCCGACCGCCCCGCUCCCCUGACCACAAGCGCUAUUUCAGGGACAAGGAAGGGUUACGGGACUUUUACCUGGACCAGUUCCGAACAAAGGAGAACUCCCCUCACUGGGAGCACGUGGACCUGACCGAUAUCUACAAGGAGCGCAGCGAUGACUUCAAGCGCGACUCCGUCAGCGGAGGAGGGCCCUGUACUAACAGGUCUCACCUCAAACACCCGUCGGGCGACAAACACGGCGUGGUCAGCGGGGUACCAGCUCCCUGGGAGAAGAACCUGACCAACGUGGACUGGGAUGACCGGUCUGGGGGCAACUUCUGCCGCAGCUGUCCCUCAAAGCUGCACAACUACUCCACGACGGUGACAGGUCAGAACUCGGGCAGGCAGGCGUGCAUCCGGUGUGAGGCCUGCAAGAAGGCUGGUAACCUGUACGACAUCAGCGAGGACAACUCCCUGCAGGAACUGGACCAGCCGGCUGCCCCCGUGGCGGUGACGUCGAACGCCUCCACCACCAAGUAUCCUCAGAGCCCGACUAAUUCCAAGGCCCAGAAGAAGAAUCGGAACAAACUGCGCCGGCAGCACUCCUACGACACCUUCGUGGACCUGCAGAAGGAAGAAGCCGCCUUGGCCCCGCGCAGCGUGAGCCUGAAAGACAAGGGCCGUUUCCUGGACGGGAGCCCCUACGCCCACAUGUUUGAGAUGCCAGCCGGCGAGAGCACCUUUGCCAACAACAAGUCCUCAGUGCCCACUGCCGGACACCACCACCACAACAACCCCGGCGGCGGCUACAUGCUCAGCAAGUCGCUCUACCCUGACCGGGUCACGCAAAACCCUUUCAUCCCCACUUUUGGGGACGACCAGUGCUUGCUCCAUGGCAGCAAAUCCUACUUCUUCAGGCAGCCCACUGUGGCAGGGGCGUCGAAAGCCAGGCCGGACUUCCGGGCCCUUGUCACCAACAAGCCGGUGGUCUCGGCCCUUCAUGGGGCUGUGCCAGGCCGUUUCCAGAAGGACAUCUGUAUAGGGAACCAGUCCAACCCCUGUGUGCCUAACAACAAAAACCCCAGGGCUUUCAAUGGCUCCAGCAAUGGGCAUGUUUAUGAGAAACUUUCUAGUAUUGAGUCUGAUGUCUGAGUGAGGGAAGAGAGAGGUUAAGGUGGGUAUGGGAGGGGUAGGGCUGCGGGUCGUGUGGUGCGCAUGUCACGGAGGGGGUCGGGGUGAACUUGGUUCCCAUUUGCUCCUUUCUUGUUCUUUUAGUUUAUUUAUGGGAUCCUGGAGUUCUGGCUCUUGCCGAAGGCAACCCUGGUGACCAGCACCAUCCCUCCUCCUUUUCACAGUUCUCCUCUCCUUCCCAGAUCUGUGCGCCAUUCCUGUUCCCAUAAGAGGGCUGAAACGGGCCCUCUCAGCGCGGGAGGGUUCAGAGGAGAAAGGAAGUACUGCAUGCGAGCUUCCUCCUAGCAGGAAGGAAGAGCUCUUUGCCAUCUACCUUGAGUGAAGCCAGGAGAAACAAAAGGAAGCCAUGUGAGCACGGGAGUAGCUUUUCCCAAACUUAUCUUUCUGUUUAGGUGAGGAAGCAAAAGCAUCUAAGUGAGACCAUUUAGCAUACUGCUUGUGAAUGAAAAGAGGCUUUUGCUAAAUUCUUGUUGGGUGGAUGACAUCUGCACAGGGAUGGUGUGCCAAACAGAGGGUAGGAGGCCUUGUGUGUUUAUAUAUAAGCCAAAAAAAAAAAAAGUUUGCUUCAACUCCAUGAGAUUCAUUAGCAGUGAACUGGAGUGAAAGUUCAUUGGUGGAUGAGGGGAUUCCUGAACAAACUAGAAAGUUCUUUAUAGUGUUAUAUGGUGCAUUGAAGGCAACAGCAGGGGAUCGUGUGUGCAUGUAUGUCCAUGUAUACUUGCACACAUGGGCGGUCAGGUGCCUCUAAAUGUAGAGAAGGCAACUUGACUCAUUGUGCUGAUUCCUUCCAUAUCCCUGAGCAAUGCACUCGUUUUGGCUUAUAUACAAACAGAGAUGGUCAUAUGUUAUCCGAGUGUCUGCUGUCUGUCCCCUUCACCUUCCUGAAUAAGGAAUGGAAGUUCUUGACAAAGAAGAUUCUGUGCUAUAGACAAAAAGGAAAGGGAGACAAUCCUACAAAAGCAAGAUACUAAAAUGAUUUUUCAUUGAUUGCCAGUAAGUUCCAUCGGUUUGGGUCAAGAACUUUCCAGGAAGGCUAAAGGGAAAUAGAAGCAGCCAUAAUUCUUUUGCGCACACUUGAGAGCAAAAGUCUCCAUAAAGCUCUGUUGAGCUUUUAGACCCUCAACUAGCAAGGUUUGGGGAGAAGCUCAGUAAGGCUCUGAGGAAGAGGGGAGUCAUUUAUGGUAGGGUAAGUGAGAGAGGGGGAUGUUUUCAAUGCUUUGAUCCCUUCUUACUUAGCCUGGAGCUAGAAAAGCAGGCUUGUUCCCCUAGAACUGAUGACAACUGAUAGGGAACAGACAGUGAAGAGCAUGAGCCUACCCCCGUGAUCGCAGCUCGGGAGGCCUGGAGAGAAGGGAAUUGAUCUGGAAGUGGGGAACGGUAGGCGGGAGGGACUCUCCCACUACCUCCUUGGGCCUGGCUCCCUGGGAAUGUGACUUGAGCCCAGUGGGAACUCUCUUGGUAGAAGCCCUUCCACCUUCCUGCAACACCUCUGUUCCCUCUCAGAUUGUACCAUUCAAAAGUAAAUAUAUAUAUAUGUAUGUGUGUGUGUGUAAAACUCCAGGGAUGAGGGUACUGGCAGAUGUGAUGCCCCCUUCACUUAAAGUUGGAAAAUUGAGAAGGGAAAUGAGUAUUUGUCACUGCCGGUCCUGGAACUUGGGGUGGGGGUAUUCUAUGGGUCAGUUCCACUGUCCUGCCAUCCUCCUCUCACAGGGUGGCAUCCAAAGAGCCCCGGGUCUGAUUGGAAGCUUGACCACAGGAUCGCCUUGUUGCACACAGGACACAUAAACCAGAAAGGUGCUCAUCCUCCUCUGGAAGGAAGCUGCCAUGUCUCUUCACGUCACAUACUCCAGGGCUGCUCUUUGCCUUCCUGAUCGCCCUGCCUCACGACCCUUUCUCCUUCCCUGCCCUCGACUGCUGUCCCCCGUCCUCCUCCUUGAUUUUUACCUCAGUAUCUUUCAUUUUAAAGCCAACUGAAGGCCUUGUAAUGCUUUGUUUUCUUUCUAAAAUGAACGUGGGGGCAAGGGGCUGAACCUCUCACAGAUUUGGAGAGAGGAGCACGGAGUGCUUUACCUUAGAUUCAAGGAAAGACUUUGAGAGAGAGAGGACAGAGGGCGUGAGGCGUCUCCAGGAGGAAGAACGAGAAGGGCCAUAGAAACAUCGCUUCACCCUGGCUCUGUCCAAGGGUCAGGGGCUCAUCCUCUCACUCUUCCUCUUACCUCACCCCUUUAAAAUAAAAAACCAAACCAACUAUCCUAGCGAACAGCAAUCUAGAACACAGGGGGCUCUGUUGGUCUCCACUGGCUACAGAAAUCAAGAUGGUGUUUAUUUCAUAUGUAAAUAUUUUGUUUUCUAAUUAAUUUUGUAUAGAUAAAGUGUUCUCUUGUGAGUGUUCAGGGUGUUGGGCUGGAGGGAGUGGGGUGGGGAUGGGAAUGAGGGGGAAAACAGUGUUUUGUUACAGGUUUUUGUUUUCCGUUGGGGGAAUUGUUUUGUAUGGCUUUUGCUUCAGGGUGUCUGGAAAAAGUGAAUGUGAAUGGAAGCCACUAUGGUGAACAAGCCAGGGGAAAAUAGUUUGUGUCCAUGCCCCCCACCCCCAAGCCAGUCUUCUUGCUGGUCUUUGAGAAGUGUUCAUGCAAUUUGGCCUGGGCUUUGCUGGGUCCAGUUUGGCUCCUAGCAGAGCCCCGUCUGACUGUGGUCUUCUGGGUAGACAUAGGGUACCAGCACUCCAUCAAAGACAAGCUGGUGGCACCAGAUUUUCCCUGUCAAUACCUAGCAUAGCAAAGGUUUCCAAAAGGGUUUGAAACAGAACUGAGGUCAAAUUAACCUCCCAUUCACAGUGUGACUGAGAGGUUUCAGAAAGCUCCAUCCUGAGGAAUCUCCCAGUAGUCUUCUCUGGUGUUUAGCAGCCAUCUCACCACCUGACCCUUUUCUUCCUAGUACCUGGGCCCUAACCCUAACCCCCUACCCCACCCUUAGAAAUCUGUGCUGUGGCCACACCCAGAAAACGUCCACUGACUUAACUUUUUGAAGAAUGUGCCAUCUGGUUACACAGGGGUAGCACUAGAUUCGGGUCUUAGAAAUUCCCAUGCUUUGCUAGAAAAGAUGACCAGAUCCACUCAAAACCAGUGGCUAAUGAUUCCCUUAGAAAGAUUGCUGAAGUUAGUUUUAGAGGUAGCAGGUGGGUAUAUGAGGGACGGUGCCAGCAGUGGCUUUAUAUUUGCCUUGUCCUCAUUACUGCCAUCAGGAAGGUGCUAUUUGCCUCACGUCAGGUAUUUAUAACCUGACCUUGGGUUAACCAGACAAAUAGAAGUCUUUCCCUGGACAUUGGCUUUGUGGAGUGUGGCAGCUCUCUCUCCCUUUCUCUCUCUCUCUCUCUCUCUCUCUCUCUCUCUCUCUCUCCCCACCCCCCACAGAAUGAAAUUUCCAAGUCUACAUAGCAUAUUACCCUACUGCAUUUUUUUCCUAUACUUCCAUCAUCAGAAGCUGUCAGAUGAAUAAUUUCAUUUUUCUGAAUUUGGCUCUAAUUGAUCAUUUUUCAUCCACUGGGUGUUUGAAUUGGGACCAAGUAAGACAUUCAUGGCCUGCUCAAGAAUGCUUAAGAAGAGGAAGGCUAAGCAUUGUCAAGUUCUAGGUAUUACUUAAUUCCUGAAUAACAAGCAGUAAAAUGCAUGAGGAGGAACUCAGCAGUAAGCCCCAUCUGUAUCACAGAUGGGUAUGGACCAAGACCCAAUCCAUCCAAAACUGUGAGAUUCUGCAGAUACCCUCAGGAGCGCCUAGUGUUCCAAUGUUCUUCAGAAUCUGUGCUUUCUCUCUUGUGUGCUUUCUAUCACUCCCUACCACUUUGGAAGUGGGUUGGUGGGUAUGGUUCUGCAUCACUCCAUUCAGUGGCAAUGCUGAAAUCUCAGUAUUUCCACCGACCUCAGUGACCUAACCCUUGAAUAUGCCUGAGUCAAGAAUGUGCACACCCUUCAGAGUGAUGCAUGUACAGUAGACCUUGUUAUUUCAAAAGUCGUCACUGUGUAUCCUCAGCCAGAAUUUGGGAGACAUCCUUAAUGUGUGUUCCCUGUACUGGCCACAGCCAUGUUGUGAUUGGGGGAAAAAUUCCAAAUGAUUCCAUUAAAUGUUGGUGGUGUCAGUAGUGCCAAAACGCAUGUGUAAUGUGAUAAAAAUAGGAGUCGUCUAUACAGUUAAGUGAUUAUCACCCACCCAGUCUUCCAUGGCCAUCAGGAGUUGCCCAAGGGAGAAUUCUCUGCAGAGUGCUGGUCACCUGCACAUCACAUUUAAGAACUAGGGUUUCUUUGUUUUUGUUUUGCUUUUUGUUUGGUUUUAGUUAGAUCAAGAUUUAGGGACAGAAUAACCAGAUUGUUUGGGUAAUUGCCUUUGGAAAGGCUAUUCCUGAACUCACUCUAUUUUUUUAAUCAUGGUCUCUCUAAAAAGGCCCUGUCAUUGCUUGACGCGCUGUGCAUGUCUGUUUUUGGUGUGUUAGGAAUGAUUCAGAUGUGCGCAUAAAUGAUGUAACUGCAGUGCCGUUAAUGAAUGCAUUAGGCAUUGCCGGGUACUGUGGCAGUACUGUAUGUGCUAUCUGAGCCCGAAGCCAUAUAGGAAUGUGUGCUCCACGGGCUUCUAAACGCUAUCGUAGAGCCUUUGCUUUCUUUACUUGAGUCCAGAGACUCUUCUUCCUGUCUAAGAAAUUUUUCUGGAGGAGAAGCAGCCAAGGUGGACAGUCAUACUGGUGGCUCUGGCCUUACAAAUGGUCUGUGUCCAUGGUGUGAUUUCAAGGUCCCGAAAAGGGUUCCAACUCCUGGUCUCCCAGGCAGAUUGAUUGCUUGCACUGAGCUGCUCCAAUGUCUUUUAAAUGAAAGCAAUCCCAGGAAGAGUGACAUAUUAAGCCAUAUUAGGGAUUUAUACAUUUAAACACCUAAUUUACAUUAGGAUUUUCAUUCCUUUUCCUGGGAAUAAGGGAUGAUACAAGAGGGAGAAAGCAGAGAACACCAGGAGUAACAGCAGGAAACAAGGAUAUAGGUUCCAGAAGGGAAGACAUUUAAACCAUAUUUCAUUUCCACCUGCUUUUAUUCAAGGCUCAUGUGACACUGGGAUAGAAUUCCUAGUUAGGAAUUGUUUACAAUACACAGUCACAUGAGUGUUCUGUUUAUAAAUUCAGUAUCUUGUAGGGAGGUUAAGGACUGUGACUCUGUAGAUAAUGGAAGGUUGAUGCUUCUCCUGUUACAGGAUACAGAGUAGGCAGCUAGAAAGAUCAAGUUGAAUGAAUAUAAUUUUUAAAAGUUCCUGUGUUAUCUGUUUUCUGUCCCAGUUCAAUUAAUCUUCCAGUUAACUGGGUUGUCCUGUAUUCUAUACUUUCCCACCUGCACACUGCGUACCCAUUUAUCCCAUACCAUACUAUCUGUUAAGGAGCCAGUUGACUAUCAGGUGCUACUUAACCUGGGGGCAAUUCCUUUUUAGGUCUAUCAGAUAUUUGGGGCAAUAUUAAAAUGCAGAUUAGUCUGAGAACUUCUAAUUUGAUCUAGAUCUAGGAUUCCAUUCUAGUUCAGGGGAUUGCUAUACAAUAUAAAAAUCACAAGAUGUCUGAAUAUGUCCCACCCUCAUACCCAUUUCAGUUGUACUGAUUCAACCCCAGAGGGUUCCUCUGAAUUCUGUGACUUAAAAGAUAUAAUCUUUCUACUCCCCAAACAAAGGUCCACACCAAAAACCUUAAAUGAAAUUCAGUGCUAUUUCCAUAUUGGUGGAGGUUAGGGCUUUCAGUUUACAAUAUUGAAGCAAGAGAGAAGAAUUUUUCUCAGUGAGUGUUGGGUCAGCACAGCGGUGCUGGGAAUCAAGGGAGAAAUUUAACAAUUUUCCAUAUUUCUCUGCCACUGUGUUCAUGUGCAUCCAUCUCAACGUUCAUCACAGUGAGGUGCUGGCACAGUUGCAUGCUUUAAAAUAUAAUUGCUGGUAUGGUUGUAAGGAUAAGGGCUCCUGAGAAGAAUUGAAGGUGGGAAGUAGAGUAGAUGAGUAGAAUUACUCCUAGCCUUGGGAUUCUGGUGUGGUAUGAAAGUUUACUUUGGCAAAGGUGAAAGAAAUGGAACUCAGUGCAAGUAUUAAAGGUACAAUCAAGAAGCUGCACACUCAGCCUGGUAGAAAACUGUUAUUUUAAAGAUUUGGUUUCCACACUUUACACCUGAACUCUCUUUAUCUGUAAUUAUUUUAGUGUUGUGAUUUAUGGAAUGGAGCAGAUUCUAGUACUCUAAAGAAAAAAUAAAAUAAAAAUAAAAGCUCUAGUUAAAAACAUUAGUUCAAUUAAACCAAUGUCUAUUGAGCACAUCCUAUGUCCCUGGGCUAGUGCUGGGAGGAAAAUAAUAGACUUUUAAAAUGGAGUAUAUUUUACUGACAUUGAAUGUAUGAAUGCAUAAGUACAAAAUAUUUUAAUGUAUGUAUUAUGUAUAUAUAAAGAAGUGUGCAUAUUAAGCCAUGUAGGUUUAAUAUUUUCUGGUUUCAGGGUGUGUGUUAAAGAUUUAUCAAUUAUGUUAUUUAAGAUUUAACUUUUUAUCCUGAUCUCACCUGGACCUCUUCUUUUGUAAUCAUUUUAUCUCCCAGAGUUAUCACUCUGAAAUUCCCCCCUUAACCACAACACCAGACUUUCUAUAUCUGACCUUCCUUCCUUUAAGUCCAUCUGUGGUUAUGGUUCAUGAGCAGAUCUGGCUUCAUGUACUUCCCUUUUUGGUCAUGGGAACACACGAAUGACCCUGCAGUUCACCAUAUCCGCAAUGCUCUUACCAGCAAUCUCUUUCUUCUCUUGCUUGCUGACUGUACCUGCUUUGCUUAUCUAAUGUUACACCCCAAUCUCCCAUCAUUCAUUCCAUCUCCAAGAGGAGGUCUUAGACCUAUGCUGAAGAGCACAGAAUCAGCCCCUUUCAUCUCACUUGAACUCUCCCAGCUUGGCCAUCUCUUUUGUUUUUGCUCUGCUGACUCCAUGUAACAUUCUCUAGGAUCAAAUUUGUUUCAUGUUCCUUUAAUUGUCAUUGUCUCUGUCAAAAGGCAAUCUUUUUUGCUGUUACCAAGAAAAGACAUCUGUGUAUUGAAUUCUCAUAUAACCUCUCCUCUCUGCCGCUCAAUUUCUCUUGUCCUUCAUUCAUCUUUCCCAGCUUCCCUCUCAACUCAGUGCUCCUCUUCUCCAUGCUCUGACAUCAUCUCCAACCUCUUCUGAGGGGCAUUACAGUUAGUAGCACUUCUCUAUUGCAUCUUUAAUCCCUUUGACACACCUGCCUGCCACCAUCACAAUAACCAUACCCUACAACUAUCUCUGAGGACAAACCAUUUUUCAAUCAAAUAGAUUCUUGAAUCUCUGCCCUACCUCUGUCUACCUUUGCACUUCCAAAUUUCUCAAAAGGGUGUUCCCUCUCUCUUCACUUCCUUACCUAGUGCCCAUGGCUUUAUAAUGGGGCUUCUCCUACCACUCUACUGAUAAACUACUGACUGGUAAAAUUACAAUGAGAUUCUUGUUACAAAAUCCAAAACUCUAAUGACCUUUAUUCAAAUCCCCUUUCCCUGCUCUUCAGUCUUAUUGACACCACCUUAAACUAACCACAGGGAGGCAGUCCAUUCUGGUUUUGAUAUUAGCUCUCCAUCUGGUCCUUGGUGACCUCACUGGUUGCUGCUCUUCCUCAGCCUUGACUAGCUGUGGUGUUCCAAGCUUGAGCCUCUCCACCUUUUCUCCAGGCAAUCUCUCUGUCUUCUACAACUUUGAUGACUCUGAAUGAAGACAAAUUUUAGAUCUUCACUCCUAGACAUCACUUUUCUCUUCAGCUUAAUGCACAUAUCCCCUGUCACCUCACUUCUUAUUGACUCAGAUAUCCAAGACUAUCCCUGCAAACCAACAAUCCCCAAGUGACUCUUUUGGUUAAUGACACCACCAGUCCUUUUGUCACCAAACUGAAGAUUUCCCAGGCACUUCUGCCUCCUUUGAUUCCCUUGCCCCCCCACAUCUAACCAUUUGGGAAGUCUGUUAAUUCUUACCCCAAGAAGUUUCCCAGUCUUCCCUUUUCACUCAGGCUCUUCCCUCUGAUCUGGAUUAUUUCAACAACCUAUAACACUGUUCUAAAAAUUUACAUUCGCAUCUACUCUUCUCAACACUCAUUUCCUAAUUACAAAUCAGAUCACGUUAAACCUCAACUGAAAAAAAAAAAUCUUCAGUGAGCUUCACUUGUCAGUCUUCCAGCUGGCAAGCAUGACUCCCUGUUACUUACUUUUGUGUAUUCCAUGUCCCAGAUGAUCUAAAUCACAGGCUUGUCCUUAACUGUCCCUUAACUGGUUUCCUACUUGUGUCUUUCUUUAAACUGUUUCCUCUGCCCUAAAUACUUUCCCCUACAUGCUCCAUCUCCUGCUUUUACAUAAUAUCCAUUUCCUCUAUAUAAAUCUUCAAAGACCAGAACAAAUAGUCACCACAUCUAUUUCCCUUCAUCUUCCAUGCAUAAAAAAAAAAAUUAGGCAUUUUGUGAAUGCCCAUAACACUGUAAUUGUGUCUCCCUAGUAGCAGCUAUCAAAGAUCAUCUUAUUUCAUAGUUAUGUGAGUUACAUCUCAUCUUCCCUGCUAGAUUCUAUCCAAGCUAUUUAUUUAUUCAUCUUUUUAUCCCUAUAACACCUCACAGAGCACCUUGUUUAUGAGAGGCACUAGCAAAUAUUUGAUAUUAUUAUAAAUUAUAAUUGAAAAUGAGUCACUUUAUUUUACCCACAGGAUACUUGAAUCUGCAGUAAAACUUAAAGGAUGAGUUCCCCCAUAUAUCUAUUUUUGCACAUGAUCACAGCAAUACACUGCUUACAUGCAAUUCCAUGUUAAUUAUUAUUUUCAAUGAGAAUUUAGAUUUUUCUAAGUUGUGUUUUGUUCUUUGAAGUUGUUCUCUGACUGUUUCAGGGUUAGUAGAAUGUAUGCUAUACUACAUGUACACCAAUAAAAUAAGUGACAGGGAGGGGCCGUGAUGGAUGUUGAUCAAUGUUAGGUAUCAGGAACUGUUCAGAUGCUAUGAGGGAAGCCUUACACUUCACUACUGUGGCUUGGUCCAACAACCUGACCUAUGCAGGGAUUCAUGUGUCUUUGAUCCAUUUUAAAGCUUUCUUUGCUUUUGCUUUUUAAUCACUUGCAGUACCAGAAGGGUCUUGCCACAAUUCAGACUCACUAAUCACACGCCUUGUGGACCCCAGGUGGUGGUCUAGUAGGACCGAUAUACUUAAAUACAAUGAGUGCUGGUACUUUCCUCACCUAUGACUAUGCCAGAUCAUACUUGGGAAACUGUGCUAGCAGCUCACGACCUUAAUCUUGAUGGUAUUUCUUUCUUGGACUCUGAAUAAUUCUUACUCUUUCUGGGGCUUGAUCUACAGGGUCCCUUCUCUCAAAGAGAAAAUGAAGAAUUCUGGCAAUUGAGCAUAUUACCUCUGAUCUGUGUAUUUCAAAUGAAGAUAAAGUAGGAUUUGAAUGAGCUGGUUCAAAGAAAAAUUCUAGUCUCUAAACUAUUUUUUUUCUCUGUAGCUAUGAAGGGAUUCAUUGCCUUGGAAAUGACCCUCCCUGUUACUUUUUCUCUGAGCCCUAUUCACUCUCUCCCUGUCCCCUUGGUUCUACUUAGCAAUAUGACCUACUCAUUUCUAGUCAUUGUCAGUUUCUAUCUCCCCAAAGAAACUCUUGGAGCUGGUACUGUCCUUUCACUUAAGUGGCUCUGGUAACCAAUAAUGUUUCCUUUCCUUUCUUGGCCAGUCUCCUCUAUAAAUCUUAUUAUGUCAUUGGCCAUGAAUUAUUCUCCUUUGGGAGGCAUCUUCUGCCACUGUGUGCUAAUUUAAAGCAUACUAUAGAGAACCAGACUCAAAUAAGUUACAGACAGUGACAAGUCUCUUUUUCAAAAAGCAAAAGAAGUCCAUUCUUCAUUGAGACAGGAGGGGGUAGAGAAAUUAUUAUUGGCAAGCUGGGGUGAAACUUGUGAGAACUGGGGAGAUAUCUAGUAAAAAUUAAAAUCAAGUCUAGAAGAAUAAAUUUUUUUUUCAAAAUUCCGAUUAGGUCUACAUGAUCCUCCUCCUAGGAAUGGGGAUAGUUAACAUUUUAAACUCAAAUCCAUCACAUUAUAGUAUGAGGCAUUUUUAAAAAUAAUGGAACAAGUAAUCUGGUCAUGGCUAUGUGAGAGUUAGAAGGCAGCCAUUCUCUAAAAAUGAGGAAGGACAUUCAUGAAUCUCUGUUAGUCCAAUGUUUUGGCAGUUUUACCCAUAAAGUAUUUAUUUUAUGUCAAAUUUUUGCCUGAAAAUACCUAUAAAAUGUAAGGGAGGGUAUAAAGAAGGAAAAGAACAGGAAAUCUACAAUGGAGACUUCCUUCAUGUCACAAAUAAAACUAAGAGGCUGUUGGUUACUGGCUUUGAUGACACCUUCAGGAAGUAGAGAACCACCACCCCCCACCCCCGAAAAAAAAAAAAAAAAAAAAAAAGCAAGAGCUAAAGCUGAUGAUCUCCCAGAGAUCCAUUUCUUUAGUUACUACCAGGAAGUGAAAGCUCACCUUAAACUUUGAGCUUGUUUCCAUUUUGGGGCCCAGGAGAGAAUUACCCUUACUUUUCUCCUUUUUUUUUUUUUUGCUUGUAAUUUGAAAGAUAGAAGGAGGAGAGAUAAGAAAUAAAGAAAAACUAAGAAGCACUUUCUAGAAUCCACCUUCAACACUCCUAGUGGACUAUAGAUUGUUUGAUUCAAUGCCAGAAAUUCCAGGGCAGGUAACAGAGCAGGGAAAGUGUCUGGAAAGAAUUGUACCCACCCUGAGAUGAGUGAGGGACCUGGAUCCAACCAUAAUACUGCACCGUAACUCUGAAUGUUUAUAAGUCUGGCCAGUGCCCAGGUACUUUGGACUGCAGCACUCAGAGAGCCCUCCAUCACCAACCUGGGCAAAGAGGGAGCAACUCAUCUUAACACCCCCACCCACAGAAUCCAAGCCAUCAGGCCUCCUUGCAAGAAGAGACCCACAGUCUCUGAGAGUUGUAGAAGUAAUGUGCCAAGAUCUAUGGCUGCAGAAAUGUGGUAUGCUGAACUGUCUGCUUCUCUUAUAUAAGCUUAUCACCUGUUUUCAAAGGCAAUAUUUUUUUCCUUAAGAAAAAGAAUAUCAUCCCUGCUUAAAACCUCAGUCUUAUUUAAAACAGUCUGUAUAACUGAUCACUUUCUUUUGAAUUCAAGGGCUGUUUUUAUGGUCCCCUUGGUUAUGAUAUAAGGAACACCUGCAAACCAGACACUAGUCCCUUACAUUGCCUGUGGCUGAAUUGUGCUCUUAGUGACUUAAAAUUUGCUUUCAUAAAUAUUCCCAAACAGUACAACUGCAUGUAAUAAGAUGAUCUCUUUGUCAUGAGUGUUUGCAUGCUUGUGCACCUUCCCAAAACACAAGCACAAGCACACAUGUGCACACAAGCACUCACAAUCUGAACAAAUAGGUCUCAAUUGCCAGUAUCAAUCACUUUAUGGUAGAUCAAAGUGUUCAUUGAGUACUGGAUGGAAAGACAUACUGUGUUCUUCCAGCCAGUGUUUUCUCUUCUGCUCUAACAAGGUGUGGAUCACUGACACCUCAAGGUUUGACAGAAAUAUCCAGGCUUUAUGUAAAAGGUGCAUUUCCUUUAUAUUGAACAACCUACUUAUCUUGCUGACUGUCCUAUUUUACCUUGAGAAAUUCAUGCAGUCUUCUGAUGUCCCAUUAAUGGAUCCAUGCUAAGAAGAUAGAGAAGCAGAAGCAUAAGUCAGUCCCCUGAGAACAGACAGUCUUGUUGCUUAGAUACAUUCAUAACGCAUGUGCCCACAUGUCUUGGAAGCAUCAUGAGCGGAGGUGGAGAGGUCUAUUCUCAAUGGGCCAAGAAUAGGGAUAAGUGCCAUGGGAGAUUCGGUAAUUUUUGCAUUCUACCUCUCCCAGUGUCAGGAACGGGGAAAAUACCAAGACUUCACAUAGGAAGGAGGAUAGAGGAAGAUCUAGGUAGAAGUCUUCUUGAGAAAAACAGAAGAUAGUAAAAAUGCCCCCUUUCUUUGUUUAUUAUAAAUUAAUUGUUAAUCAGGGCACUUAAGCUGUGUUUUCUUCAUUGCCUUUUCAUUUCUUGCGUUCUAUUACUUCUCUCUUUCAGUUUAUGGAUCGUGAAGUAUUCUGUACUCUCUAAUUUGGCUCUGAGUAUCCCACCCUCAAACACACACGUUAGGAUGAGAAAUGGAGAAAGCACAGAGCUUGAAUAUGUGUAGUUUUAGUGGUUCCAAAUCAGAGCUCAACCAAUCCAGUUCUGUCAAUCCUGUUGUAAUGUAAUGACCAGGGUGGACGUUGGGACAUACAUAACUGACAACCUUGGAUUUGGAAAAAAACAAUAACUUUGUUAUGAGAUGGCUCCUAAAACUCUUGAGCACUUUCAGUGAUCAGGGCAUUUACUUAGGUUAUUUCUUGGUAGCAGACACAAGAGAUUGUGAAGAGCCAUUCCUUGAGCAUUCUUAGCCCUAAUUUCCUGUGUUAAAAGGCCCUGAGCUACAGCAGUUUCUAGCAUGACUCUACUUCUCCUCUUUGGAGAAGGACGGAGUUUCUUGGAUCACCAACAGGCCACUUAGAUCCCCACCAUGUUGACUCUAUAGUACAUUCUGAGUAAAUCAAAGUAGUUGCUAUGUGGAUAUGGGUUAAUUCACCAUUACCAUUUCUCCAAAUGACUUCCUUUGACAUGGAAAUAUGAUGAUUUUUUAAUUUUACAGAUAAAAACGUCGAAGCACAUUAAAAUUCGAUGAUAAGCUACAAGGGUUGUAUUGAAAAGUCUUGCCAGAACCAAAACUUGUCUGAAUUUCUAACUCUCAAGUCUAACUCAAUAAUGCUGCUUGAAUCAUCCACUCCACCCUGUUUUCAGCAUCUAGCAGCAAAGACAUGAAAGCCAGGCAGCUGAUUUAAUUAAGUAUUUUCCAUGAAAUCUGUCUCCUUCAUAGGCCCCCCAACACUCAAACUCACACACUUGACCCACAUGAGUCUACAGAAACCAGUUGAAAGGGUCAAGAGCAGAGCAGGGAUUUGAAAAGCAGAAAGGGGUAGAAAAGUUUCUGUAGUGAGGACAAGUUGAAGAUCAAAUAAAAAAUAUUUGAAUUUUGUGGAGUAAGGAAUUGUAAAUAUUUUUUUAUUAUUCAAAAAAUUUUGUAGCAUGUAAACCACCCAAAUAAAAAGCUCAAGAAAAAUCUGAGCCAGAGGAUUUCUUGCAAAGCAUUACAUGGGACAGGGAGCCUUCAAGAAUGUGUCCAGGGCAGUUCUGAUGCUCUGAAGGUGUCAGUGGUUUGGGUCAGCCCACAAUGAGGAAGGUAACCUCAAGGGUGAGCCUCUUAAAAUCUCCUUCUGUGUCUCUCCCUCUAAUUUAGUCAAGUUCAAACAUGGCAAGCCUGAUUCCAAGGUAAAGCAUGAGGUUUUGAAAACAUAAGUAGAAGAAUAAGGAGGUCACAUUCAAUGCAUUCCCAAAGGGAAGACAUAUAUCCCUCAGACCCAUAAAUAAUUAUUGGCUGCCUGAAUCCUCAAGGAAAUGAGGCAUGAAUGAACAUCUCCUGAGAAUAUUUGUGAGACCUUAAUUUUGCCCUCAUGAUUGUAAUGGUGAAUUCUCUAAGCAUGUAAUGGUGAAUUCUCUAGUCCAGGUGAUCCUGUAUCUACUUUCACUUGUGACCCACCUAUUCACUGAUAGGUGGUAUUAAGCUUAGGAAGUAAUCCAUCUUCCCAAAGAGAUAGUGUCUUUUUAUUUUGUGCCACGAAGAGAUUUUGGUUUAUGCACAGAGCAUUCUGCUUAUACCAAUAACAGUUAAAGAAGUACCCUAGCUUAAUGUAGACUUAAAAAAAAUCAUUUCAUUCAGUCCCCAGAGGAAAGACAGGGAGGAAGUAAGAAAGAUGGAAAAACCCUUAGUUGGGUUGAGUAAGGAGUCUUUUAUACCAUCUACUUUACAGUGUAUGUAUUCCCAGAGCCAGGUUUCAGGAGAGAAUAUGGUCAGAAGGAGGAAGUAACUUUUCUUUCCAUGCAUGGGGGAUGAGGAGGCUGGGCAACUGAAUCAUCCUUAAGCUCAAAGUUUAAAAUCAAGCCAAUUACAAACAUCCUUUCUCUCCUGCCAUUUUGUCUCCUGAUGGGUAACGUGAAAUCAUGAUAGUAUCAUAGUAAGCUAAUAAUGAGGGACAGAGGCUAUUCAACCUUUGUUCCGUGGUGACUUUCUUAUGAGUGCCAUUACAGAUACCUGGAUCAUGAUGCACCUUGAUGAUAAGUAACAGGGACAAGAGCUGAUGAGUAUUUGGAACAUUUCAUUCCCUUAAGAUGACCAUUCCCUGUCUUGAACUAGAGCUAUAUUCACUGUGGGGUUGGAGGAAAAUAAGAAUCAUAGGGACCCUAAGGGCAUGAACAGAGAAUUAUUUAAUUGAAACCACAAAGCUCUUGUGCUUAGUAUUAAAUAUUAAAGUGGAAAUGAAAAAGGCAAUCCUCAAGCACAGCUGCAGACAAUACAGCUCAGGGAAGCGUGAUGGAGGAAGUUUUAGAAAGAAAAUCUAUAUCUGCUCAAGACUGAAGCCACUAAACUUAAAGCAUAUGCCAAAUCAGUGUGCCUUCCUAUUUUGUGCAGAUUGUAGUAGGCCAGGGUACUUAGGUGUCCUAUGGAAAGGCACAUGAGGAUAAAGUUAAUUUCAGAGCCUAGGACUCUCCCAAGCAGCAGCAACAACAACAAGGGUUUAAACUCUUUCCUACUGACUUUGGGGCAGAAGGUAAUUUUUCCAACAUGAUGGAUUUGGUCACUGGCACCUAGGCAGCUCACACUCUUCUUGGCCUCUUUCCUUCUGUAGCUUACAUGAAAGAAUGUAUAGUUCUGUUUGGGUAAGGUUUGUUGGAUGAAGCCAGAUAUUUUGGUGGAGGUUAAAAAAUGGCUAAAGAAUUCUUAUCCCAGAGUUUUAACACUGAGCCACGAAGGAGAGAGGUCUCCUAGGAAAAUGUAUAUGCCUAACACCUUCCAACCUCAUCAGGAAAGUUGGAGCCUUUCACAGUAUCUUUUCUUCAAUGAAACAAGCCAUAGGAUCAUUAUUCUCUGCAACAUCGUCUGUUCAACCUUGGAUGGACUGGAUCUGUUUCUGUACCCAGGGAGAUAAAUUAGACCAAGAACAAAACUCUCAUCUUUUUGGCCAGUAUGGAUUGUCUUCCGCUUUCCUUUCUUUAUUCACUUUCUUUGCCACAUGAAAAGGAACCUAUCUGGUCAUCACCAAACAUCCUACUGGCAAAAUAUGGUGUGGAAAUUCAUGAAGAUGAGUAGACUCAGUGCAUUUCAUUUAAUCCCAGUCGUCUUUGGAGAUAUUGUCUAUCAAAGAAAGAAAGCUUCUUUGAGCCACUUUCCUGAUUCCAACAUGAAUUUCAGUGAUUGGUGCUUAUCAGAAAGAAUGAUUGCUAUACAAAGAGAAUGACUAAAAUAUCUGUUUUUAGCCAUUGUGAAGUCGAUUUUACAGUUGAAAACAGCCUUCCAGGUCCCUUGCAUGGAAACUCUUCCUAACUUCCCAGCCUCUUGGCAGUAUUUUGGUUCCCCUUCAUGGUUUUGGUUCCCACCACCAAUCACUGCCUUUUUGUCCUGAAAAAGGAAAAGAAGAAUGUAUUUCUUAAUUUUUAUCUAAAUGAUUAGAUUGUUAAAAGACUAUCUUGAUCAUAAUUUCUUUUUUUUUUAACUUGGAAAGACAGAGAAGGAAAAAAAUAAAGAUAAGAAAGCAAGCAAACAAUGUUCCCAGAUGCUUCAACUCAAGGUCAAGUGCUAGGAAAGUGAGUGCCCUCUGCUGAGAGCCUUGAAGUUAUACUGGAAAAGAGGGAGAUGCUCUGGAAUAUUAAGCGACCUCUGUGAGAGUGCUCAGGGGCUUUGGUAAGAUGCCUGUUGUGUGUGUGGAGGCAUUUAUGAUUUUUCUUGGUUUUUUUUUUCUCUCUCUUUUUAAAUUGUUUCAAAGCACAAGAUCUGUGGAGGAUGCGUGGUUUUUAGAUUGAACGUGUUGGUGACAUGAUACAAUCCUUAGCUCUUCUUGGCCCUAGGUUCCAAGGAGGCAAGUGUUUCUAAAAACUCAGUCAACGAGUUGUUGCACGUUAUUUUUUAACGUCCUAUUGUAAUGAGAAAGAGAAAGUGGAGUGGGAAACAGAUUUAUUGAGAAGCAGACAAAAAGCUUUGUUCUGAAACAUGCUGUUCACUGAGCUGAGAAAAAUCUAGAAGAAAGGGGGGAGAGAGGGAGAGAAUAGUCUCAGGUGAGAAGAUGGUGCCCCCCUCCAGAUGCUCUGAUGAUUCCUGAGGAGUUUAGUUUGCCAAUCUCCUCUGUGCUCUGACAGGAGGAGAAGCCGUGCUGCCCUUGAUUGCUCAGAAAUGGUGACAGACUGACUUUAAGAAGAGGCAUAGGCUUUCUUCCAGAAAGACAUGGAUAAGCAAUGCACCUUGACUCUUCAAAAACUCAUCUACAAACCUGCAGGGCAGCUCCUCUCAUGAUUUCCAUUCUCCAGUCAAGACUAUCCUGAGUAGAAGAAACUCAUCCUUGUUGUGAUUACAUUUACUUAAUUUGAGAAGCCAAAGAGCACCGAGGAGAGCAGAAUAUAUCAUGGGAAUAGAGUUAGCUGAAUUUUUUUUUUUUCAAUUUUGGAAUGAUUGUGAAUCACAAAGUUAGGUCACCUCUGAAAGAGAAAAUCUUUUAAAUAAAAUUAUAUCUUCCCAUCCCCAGUGAAAACACCAGGUUUCUAAUCUGAUUACUGUUUACUUCAGAAAAGGAAAUUGAUAGAUUUGAUUAGAAAUAGACAUUACAGAUUGAUUUAAUCCUGGUUUUAUACAUAUUAACAUGGAAUUUAUUGACUCUGACAUGAUCUUUUAAGCCAUAAAAUAUCAUUGAAGGGUGGUAGAUCAUAUAUUCUGAACAAACUAGGAAAGCUAAAACAUAAAGUAAUCCUCCCAAAUAUUUAAAGUCCAUCAAUUCUACUAUAGCCAUAAGGGAUUUGGGAGAAGGCAACAGUGGAGAAGAGGGAUUGAUUAAAAGAGAGUGAUUGAUUAAAAGGUGGUAAUAAACCCAAGAAAAAUUCUCACAUCUGAAAAGAAGCAUGGAAAGUGAGCUCUGUAUUUACCACUUAGAAAUUUGGUUAAAGAAUAAAUAUCCAGGGUUUUUAUUUGGUUUUGUUGUUGUUGUUGUUGUUGUUAGUGUGUUGUCCACCCCCCACCUCCCAACACACAUACAUCCACUUACUAGAACUCUUAUUUGGGGGAGAUGAAGGCUGCAGUUUCAGAACAUUUUUUGAAAGAUGGCUUAUCCAUGCAUGGAUAUUUAUUAAGUAAAAAAAAAAACAUACUAAGUCAUUCUAGGUCCUUGGAUACAAGAGUGAACAUACAUGAGGUUCAUGCCCCCUGAAGUUUAUAUAUUGAUGAGAAGAAACAGACCAAAACCCACAUAAAUACAUCUUUAAAGUAAGCUUAAGAAGUCUGUCAGACAUCUAGGUGGAAAUGCCAGUUAGGCAAUUGGAUAUAUCUGGCUGAAGUUCAGGGAGGAGGUAGAACUUAAAGAUAUGUUUUUGGAACUUGUAGGCCUUUAAAGACAUGAGACCACUCUACAAAGUGAGUACAGAGAGAAUAAAGUUCCCUGGACUGAGCCCUGGGGAACAAUCAGAGGCCCAGGAGGUGAGGCAGUAGUACUGGGAGAAGCGGUCAGGGGCAAGUCAACUGCUAUUCUUGAGUGAAGAAGAUUCUCUGGAAACACGGACCUUACUCCACAGGUGGACCAGGAAAAGUGUUUCAGUGGACUGGUGAGGACUACAGAAUGGAUGAGCGUGGGUUCAGAAAAGAGUGGGUGGAGAGGAAGUGGAGACACAUAAAUAGGCAACUCUUAGGAAUUCUGCUCUAAAGAAGACAUAGAAAUAGCAGUAGAUAGGUGAGGAUGUGGGGUUCAUGGAGGGCUUUUUUUUUUAAAUAUGAGAGGAAUAGCCCAUUUUAUUCAGACCAGAAUGACCCAGUAGAGAGGGAAAAUGAAUGAGGCUUGGGAAGAAGGGACAAUUGUUGUAGAAUUGUCUUUGAUGAGAGAAAAGGGAUGGGAUCCAAAGCACAAAUGGAGGGCUUGGCUCUAGGAGCCUAACUAGGUGUUUUACAGAAAUAGGAGAGAAGCUGUAUUUAGGCACAGAAGGAAGUGGAUGGAUAAUGUGAUGAUGGUUGUAUGUCUUUUCUGACUGAUGAUUUUUCAGAGAAAUACAAAGGGAGUUCAGCAGCCAAGAGUGAGUAUUGUGGAAUGGGUAUUGGAGGAUGGUAAAGCCAUGCAGCAAGAAGAAUGGAGGGAUGACAACAUGUAGGAGAUACACUAGGAGUGCUGAAGACUUACGUGUCUUGUGGUCAUGAGUUUAAGCAAAUUUGCAAAAUUUUCUUGAAUGACAUUCAACAGCUCAAAGAAUGUGGUGAGUUGGAUUUAAGCUGGGUCAGGGUUUAAUCAGACAAAUGCUAUGAAAGAAGCAAGCAAUGUGGAGUGAAGGGCAACUACCAUGUAGUGAUUAUAAUGAUAAGCCAUGGGAUCUAAGCUGGGUAUGGAGGAAAAGGAGAAUUUUUAGAGAAUGACCAAUAAUGAAGAGGGGUAAGAGCAUGGGAUUGAAAUACAGACAAGGCUUACUGAGUCAGGGUCCCAGAAGGAGUAAUCUAGAAAUUAGGCUACAGGUCAGAGGUCUGGGUAAUUGGAGUUGAGAUUAUGGGGGGUUUGUGAUAACCCAUAGUGAAAUGUUACUGAGGAUGAAGUGUCUGGGGUGGGAAUGGUGGUCUGAGGUAAGGAAGGACAAGGUUAUGAAGAAGCAAGGGUCAAGAACCUGAGAGGUCAGGACAUGGGAAUGGAUGUUUAUGUAAGUCAACAUUUUGUUGAAUGAUAUGUAGGAUUGCAUAUGAUGUCAGGAAUUAGGGAUGGUAGUUCAAGACAAUUUCAAUCAUUGCUUCAAGUAAGGGGAAUAGCCAGUAUCUUCUGAUGUGCUGCAAGCUGGAUUUUAUUGUGAAGAGAAAGGAAGGAUGUCCUGAAAAUAGCAAAGACAAGCAAGAAAGGCUUCUCUUCCACCACCAGGCCCAAUGGCAUUAGAGAAAACGCCGGCUGCUGGAGGGGGCUGUUGGGCUCUGAAGGAAGAGCCAAAUUUCACUGAGAGUGAGACAGUCAAAGAAAUUGUCAGGGUGUGCAACUGGUGGCAGAUCAUGGGGUCACAGGGAGGACUGGGGGAGUUAAGGAGGGAUGGGAAAUGAGCUUAGAUGGGAUGUGUACUUAGUUCACUAGGGAUGAAAAUCUGAGUAAUAAGAGUAUUCAGGAGUCCUGGGCUUCUCAUGGUGACUGUCCUGUGCAAGGAUUACAGGUAUUUGGGGCUGGCGUUUGUGGUCUUUGUCAGAUGAGGUUGGUAAGGCUGCAAGUGCUGGGGCAGGGCCUCGCCAGCCACAUGUGGAGCAGGGGUGCCUCUUCUUCAGUCUGACUUUUGUUUUAUUUAACUUCCACUGCCAUCUGUGGUAGGUCACCACAUAUUUUUAUAGAUGUCUUUAAACGUAGUCCUGGAUUGAGGUUCAUUUUGACUGUUGACCCUGGAAAGAACACAUUUUCAAAAGUAAAUCUUAUCUUUUCUGUUUUAAGGGCUUCCAAUAAGUUAGUCCCCUUGGGGGAAUCAUAAUUCUUUGUUCUUACUUACCUGAUUCGUUGCUCAUCUUUUAAAAAUAACCUAAAGGAUUGGAAGCAGCUCUGCCUCUGCCCAGUUUUGCCAAAUGAGAGUUCCCGCUGACCGAUCAUUUUUAUUUAGUAUUUUUCUUUGUGACUGAGAGGACCAGGAACAUUAGGAAAUGAUUAGGAGUCUUUAAAAUCCUUGGGGGAGAGAAGAUCAGGAAAGGGUUAAGAAAGAAAGGAUUUUGAAUGGAGCUACAUGAAAAAGGAACAAGUGAGCAUUUGGGGGGAAUAUACAAAGUGAAAAAAAAAUCCACUGUGUAGGCAUUUAUUUAGCAAAAGCAAACUACAACCUCUCCCCAGAAGCAUUCCACAUACCUCUGACCCAUAUGAUGAGUUGAUUCUAUUUUAUUUCCUGUGCCCUUAAAAAAGAUAUAAUUUGAAAAUGGACAGAAGCUGCUCAACCAUUUCUAGUGGGCUAGUUCUCCAACCCCAUGGAAUGCUGAGCAGGGCCUGAAUGAGAUCGCAGGGGCUGCUGCUACCACUGGCUCAGGCUCUCUGUCCACCAGUGAAAGUAAAUGCUUCGGCUUGGUCAUGUCCUGCCUGGAAUUUUCCCCAAAAGAUUAGUUGGUGUUCAUCCAACCUCAUCUAAUGCUGUGUCUGAGUUCUUGUGUUGGAAGCGUAUUAAAACCAACGCCAGGGCUUACAACAGGCUUUAUGCACUGCAUACAACUCCAUUUAGGAAGGAAAAGGGAAGCAAAGGAAGCCAGAGAUGGUUUCCCCAGGACCUCUGUUUGCUUUCUGGCCUGAGGAAAUACAACAUUUCUAAGGUGAGCAGAAAACUUUGCCUCAAAUUUCCCCUGCUUCAGGCCGACUCUGAUGCCUGGUUGAUUGGGUGCAGUUGUCUGUUAAGGAAAUCCGUGAAAAGUAGUGGAUAAAACUGAUGGAGAAGAGGGAAUUUCGUAGGAGUGUUGUUUCCCAACAGCCACCCCAGCAUUCAUCAGUAGUCCUGAUGCUUGUGGAAGUAUGACAAGGAAGGUAGCUGGCAGGUCACAAAGGUGAUCCAAGAGGAGACAGAAGAGGGCAUUGGGCUCUAGUCCCUAGGGCAAAUUUCUUCUCCUGUACUUGACAGGAGCCCGUGCUCCAACAGUGUCACAGUUACACUUAGCCACAACGAACGAUGCACAUGUGUGUGGUUGUGCGUGUGUGCGUGAGAGAGAGAGAGUGUGAGGGGGUGAUGAUGAAAUGAAAUAUGCCUCCACCAUGGGUUGGGUUGCAAUUGUAGAGCCGCACCCUCUCAAAGUCACAUGGCGGAGGUGAAAUGGUCACAGCUUUCCUGGUGUGGUGUGCCCUGCCCAGGGAAAGCAAGGACGACUCAGGCUUGCCUCCACUCUGUGAGGCCCAGAUCCCACCCUCCUCCCUGGGGCCGGCUCUCCUCCCUCUUGACUCUCAGAUCCCCAGCCCAUCCACCUCCAAGUUCUCUUUUUGUUUGUUUGUUUGUUUUGUUUUUGUUUUCUGUAAAUAUAUAUUUCUUAUUUCGGACAUGUAGGGAUCAAUUGAGAUUCUGGAGUGGGGGGAGGGGCGGAUGACUGGGUCUUUUUAUUUUUUCCUUUCUCUCUUGGAUUUUGGUGUUUGAACCUGAAAAAAAAAAUACAAGUAUAUAUAUAAGCAAAUGACUUACCUUAAAAAAAAAAAAGAAAAGUAAGUUGAUUUCAUUCUUUUGAUUUAUCUUGUUUCUCA